CCUUGAGAACCCAACAAAAAAAGUACUGCAGUGCUGGGCAAACCAGCAGCGUCAUCACUCAACAUCAAAACGCAGAAAGCAGUCGGAAUACAUUCACAGGUUUGGCCGAUUCCCGGUUACACUUUAUCGGAGCUCGUGUUUUUAUGUUGAACUAAAAAAAAAACAACAAAAUUAUCAGUCAAAGAGAUAGAUUGCAGGGCCUCAUAAUAUAAUUUUUAUUAGAGCUCCUUUAGUUUUGGGCAAAGUUAUUUUCCGUUUCACUUGUUGAUUGCCGAAUAAUAGACUUUUGUUUAGAGCAAUGAAUUGUAUUGUUAAACCAUUUUUUGCUUUGUAGAGAAAAUAGAUUUGCACAGCUGAAACUAUUCAACUGUCUCUUAAAUAAAUAUAUGCUUUUAAGAUGGGCAUCUAUUUUCUAAGAACCAGCAUUGCUUAGAGACUACCUCAGCUAUUAAAAACUUAGGAUCAUAAAUUUUGCAAGACUUAGCUUAAGCACCAUUAAACUUCUUAUACAUUUUGCUUUUAACAGCAAAUGUCUUGUCAUAGCGUUCUAAAAUUACCUUUUUUACUUGCUUAUCAAUGACUACCCAUUUGUCCAAAAAGACAACAAUGACGACAUUGAAAUCAAGCAUAAAAUCGAAGAAUGAGGUGCCAGUGCCCCCUAAAGCACUUUGUUUAGGUUUUAUUUUGGGACCCAGCAAUAUCGAUAGGUGGCGGUCGAGGGAUUCGGAGAAGUGGGGACCGGUAAUGAGGAAGCCGAAACAGGUUUACAAAGAUUGUGAGGUAAAAUAAAUUGUUAGUCAGCAUCAGCACUGUCCGCGUACCCACAUUAUGGACAAAUUGUUUGCUCAUAUUCGCCGCUAUUGAAAGUGGGCACGUACGACAAGCUUUAACCGAAGACAGGUAGUCAGGGUCAUGUUUAUGUGCGACGACGAUGAUGAUGAUGAUGAUGCCGACGAUCGUGCUGAUAAGGUCACCGGGUGCCUACUCUAUGAAUCCACAGAUCAUCAUGAUGCAACGCUGCUGGCGUCUCCCAAAGCCGCUGGCCCUGCGACGAGGCCUCAGUUCAAACCAGGUUAACAGCCAAGCGGUGGCCACAGAAACCCCUGAGGCGGAGCCUCUGGAUGCCUUCGAGAGGCAGUACCUCAGGGAACGCAUCGAGAUAUCGCCCUUCCAGCGGGUGUUCCUCGGAGCAGGAUCAUCCAUUGCCGCUCUGCUUGAUCCAAGACGCCACGACAUGAUCGCCUGUUUGGGUGAAACGACCGGAGAAAGUGCUCUCUUGAAUAUCUUGGACACCAUGCAAGCCAGUGAGGAGGGUCAGCGCAUCAUGGCCGACAAGCCCCGCAUCCACACCAGCACCAUUGACUUUAAGCGACUGGAAACUUUGCCACCAGAUACUUUUGGAGCCGCUUAUGUAAAAUUCCUGAAAGGCAAUCAAGUCACGCCGGACAGUCGCAUGGCGGUGAAGUUUCUGGAGGACCCCAAAUUGGCCUAUCUGAUGACGCGGUACCGGGAGUGCCACGACCUGAUCCACACGGUGCUCGACAUGCCCACCAACAUGCUCGGCGAGGUGGCCGUUAAGUGGGUGGAGGCUCUGAACACUGGUCUGCCAAUGUGCUAUGGAGGCGCGGUGUUCGGAGCGGUGCGCCUACGUCCCAAGCAGCGUCGCGCGUACUUGAAAAACUAUUUGCCCUGGGCCCUGGAGAACGGCAAGCGGACCAAGCCCUUGAUGCCCAUCUACUGGGAAAAGCGUUGGGAGCAGAACAUCCACGAUCUGCGCUCCGAACUGGGCAUUACUGUGUUGAAUAAAGCUUGAUAAGGCGUUUUAUUUUAAA